AUGGCGGUCAGAGUGUCUUCGUCGUUUCUGCUGCUGCUGUUCGGCCUCGUGGCUGCCGUAGUCGUCCAGCUUGCACGACAGAGACAGAAACGAGCAAGCCGAUACCGGCCGGCCAAAGGUGUUCUGGCUCCGACUGCAGCACAUGGCGAUGUGAAGCAAGCGGUCUCAUCGCCGCCGACAUGGCCACCGCCGAUCAGCCCGGCCGACUUGGACUGGGAGGGUUCCGAUCCUCGGCCGUUUCGGCCGUUCAAGCCGGUCUACCACAUUACCAUGGCCCUGCAGUCGUCCGUGCCGGAGGACCUGAUCGUGCUGGACCGCAACUACCGGGAUCGCAUCGAUAUCCGCCGUGCCGUCAUCGUCGCUCAUCCGAAGACGGUCAUGGGCAUCAUCCCGUCGCCAGACUCGCCGUCGGACCCGAGCCCCAAGGCCAAGGCGGCCGUCGACGAGCUGUACGAGUAUUUGAUGGGCUCGUACCUGCCGGCACGCUAUCCAUCUGCUUUCCGCAUCCUGGCCGAGACGGUCGAAGACGACUUUUUCCUGCUGCAGGAAGAGAAUGGCAUCACGCCUGUGCCGGCCGAAGAGGUAGCGGCGCUGCCGUCUGCCUAUCCGCCAACGAGCCACCGGUUGACGGCCUUUCUCUGCUGCUUUGCGUCCGGCUUCGACCCGUCAUCCAAGCUGGGUCUGCUGCUACGCGACAUCCACACGCCUGUGCCGUCGUAUGACAAGAUCGGACCCAGCAUGGAGCGGUUCUUCUCCCGGAUUCAGGUGGGAAAGAACGUCAAGCGUCUCAACUGGUCCGUCCAGACGCACAGUGAUUUGUUUAUCCCCAAGGGAAACCAUAUUGUCGAGGGCGACGUCUUUACGGAGGACGAAGAGAUAGACAUCACAAAGUCCCAUAUGCGUGUCGAAUGCCAGACGGUCACGCGGCUUCCAAAGACCGGCAUCGUCCUCUUCUCCUUCAAGACAUAUCUCUUCCCUAUCGCUGAGAUCAAGGCUGAGGGCUUAGGUCCUGGCCUGGCCGACGCUAUCCAAGGCCUCAAGCAGGGCAAUGCGCCUGGCAUGUGGGUGUACAAGGGUGCCGUGCGCUGGGGCAAGGGCGUGUGCGAUUAUCUACGGUCAUGA